AUGUCUUCGAUAGUGAUUUCAUUGGCUCAUUUCUGUGACAAGCAUGGCCCAAGGAUCAUAUCAGUUACACAAUCCGCAGAAAAGGGAACAUUGGGUGAAGAAUUACUAGUGCCUGAUUAUCCAACAGAAUCAUAUUGCGAAUCAUGUCUUUUACAGUUUCCCGAAGAGUCGACUAGAUCGAUGCGAUGCUUCAUCGAAGACGUCCCGUUUAUAACUACCCAGUAUUCUUCUAUACGUUACCAAUUGUUAAAUUCUAUCAUUAAAAGAGCUUUUUCUGAGGAGACGAUGAUUUAUGAUAACAUGCCCUUUAUAUUUUUUGAUGAUCUUAGAGGAUUGAAUUUAGUGAUAGGCUUUAAACUGUAUGAUGAAAACGCUAGAGGUAAUGAAAGAAGGUAUUGUUUUAUUUUGACAGUAGAUUCCAGAAGCCACGAUGAUUCUAUGAAAAUGUUGAGUGAACACUGGAACUUUAUCAUCGGUGGAUUUGAUAAAAUAAUUGCUUAUAUCAAAAAUAUUCACAAAAGCGAAUUCUUGGGAAAAAAUCAAACAGUGGAAAACAAUCUGGAAACAUUGAAUAAUAACGCUUUCAUUGGCUCAUACUUACGUGCAAAUAAAUCUAAAAUUGGCCGCAACUUGGUGUCUCUGACGGAGGAUAAAUUUCUCUUCGUGCGAAUACACAAAUGGAAUUCAUUUUUAUUGCAUACCGUAAUGAAAGAAGAUAAAUGA